AAAUAAAAAAAUAAAAAAUCUACAAAAAAAUCCGGCCAGAUAAAUCGAAUUUAUGUAAUAAAUCCGACCAGAUAAACCGAUUAUUGUCUUUCUUCCUCUCCCUUGUCUUUCUAUCUCUCUCUCAAUUUAGAUUCUGUGCUUCUUCUGCGAUCAGCUAAGAUCCGAUCCGCGACCGUUUCAGACUCCGAUCAGAUCCGAUUCAGAUAAACAAAUCGGGUCGGGUAUGACUCGUCGAUGUUCUCACUGCAAUCACAAUGGCCACAACUCUCGGACUUGUCCCAAUCGCGGCGUGAAGCUCUUUGGUGUUAGGCUCACCGAAGGUUCGAUCCGGAAAAGUGCAAGUAUGGGUAAUCUUAGUCAUUACACGGGUUCUGGAUCGGGUGGGCAUGGAACCGGGUCCAAUACUCCGGGUUCUCCGGGUGAUGUCCCUGACCAUGUCGCUGGUGAUGGUUAUGCUUCUGAAGAUUUCGUUGCUGGCUCUUCCUCUAGCCGCGAGAGAAAGAAAGGAACUCCAUGGACAGAGGAAGAACACAGGAUGUUCUUAUUAGGAUUACAGAAGCUAGGUAAAGGUGAUUGGAGAGGUAUCUCAAGAAACUAUGUGACCACUAGGACACCAACACAAGUUGCUAGCCAUGCUCAGAAGUAUUUCAUCAGACAAUCCAAUGUGUCUCGUCGCAAAAGACGUUCUAGUCUCUUUGAUAUGGUCCCUGAUGAGGUUGGAGAUAUUCCCAUGGAUUUGCAAGAACCAGAAGCAGAUAAUAUUCCUGUGGAAACUGAAAUGCAAGGUGCUGACUCUGUUCAUCAGACACUUGCUCCGGGCACACUUCAAGCACCGUCGAUCUUGGAAAUCGAAGAAUGUGAAUCCAUGGACUCCACAAACUCUACCAACGGGGAACCAACUGCAACCGCUGCUGCUGCUUCUUCUUCUUCUUCCAGACUAGAAGAAACCACACAACUGCAAUCACAACUGCAACCGCAACCGCAACUACCUGGCUCAUUCCCCAUACUAUAUCCGACCUACUUCUCACCAUAUUACCCGUUUCCAUUCCCAAUAUGGCCUGCUGGUUAUGUUCCUGAACCACCUAAGAAAGAGGAAACUCAUGAGAUUCUCAGACCAACUGCGGUGCACUCGAAAGCUCCUAUCAAUGUUGAUGAGCUUCUUGGUAUGUCUAAGCUCAGCCUUGCAGAGUCCAACAAGAAUGGAGAAUCCGAUCAGUCUCUUUCGCUGAAGCUAGGUGGCGGGUCAUCGUCAAGACAAUCAGCAUUUCACCCGAAUCCUAGCUCUGAUAGUUCGGACAUCAAAAGCGUGAUACACGCUUUAUAAAAGAGCUGAGGAAGUGACGGUCUAAAAAUGGGAUCUGGUUUGGGGUUUACAGAUUAGUUGUUGGUCACAGUAACUUAAAUAAGAUUCGCUUUGUUAGGUUGUUUAACUUGGUAGGAUGUUUUAGUUCAGCUUUGAUCAUUAGGGAGCAAAAAAAAAAAACAAAUUAUUAUUUUUUGCUUACAUUUCUUUAUAUUUGUAUGCUUUUAUUUUGACUCUAGGAUGCGUUAAUUUUCGUUUAAUGUGUACUAAAAAUUAGAAUUUAUUAGUUUUGAAUAAAUAAAAAACAGUUUGUUUA